AUGGCACCCAAACCAAAAAUCAUAUACCCAUGGUCUCGUCGAAACAACAUAUACGAUCCUCCGACCCCUCUUGAUUCUCUCCUCGAAUCUCCACUCCGCACAUUGAUCUUCUAUCUCCACACAAUUCUCCUCUAUUUUCGAGGUGCAUCCUUCAGACCUCCUCGCAACAAACCGCCUGUUCGCGUCGUGUGCAUUUCAGACACCCAUUGCAAUACAUUACCGAUUCCCCAUGGCGAUCUUUUAAUACAUGCUGGAGAUUUGACCAAUGCCGGCACGGUGGAAGAGAUCCAAGCGCAAAUAGAUUGGUUGGAUCAACAACCGCACAGAGAGAAAGUGUUUAUUUGUGGAAAUCAUGAUAGUUAUUUUGAUCCCAAGUCGAGGAAGGAAGGAGAUAGGAAGAAGAAGUUGAACUUUAAAAGUUUACAUUAUUUGGAGAACAAAGCUAUUACCCUAAAAUUCAAAGGAGGGAGGAAACUGAAAGUUUAUGGAUCGCCAGAUAUCCCUCAAUGUGGUGGUUCUGAUUUUGCUUUUCAAUAUCAAAGACAUCAUGCACCGUGGGAGAAUCGUAUACCGAAGAAUACAGAUAUUCUAAUUACACAUUCUCCUCCUCGAUACCAUCUUGACAUCAAUCUGGGUUGCAAGUCCCUACUUGAAGAAAUAUGGAAGGUUAAACCUCGACUUCACGUCUUUGGACAUAUACACUCGGGACAUGGUCGCCAAGCUGUAUUUUGGGAUAAGGGACAAGAGGCUUAUGAGAGGUUAAUGGAGAGAAAGGUAGGAGGUUUGAUUAGGGACUUGAUACCUAGUUUAGCAUGGGUAGAUGGCAUGAAAGUGAUUUGGUAUGGAGUGAAGGGAAUUUUAUGGCAAAGAUUAAUGGUUGGUCCAGCAGGCGGUAAUGGUGGAUUGAUGAUCAAUGCUGCAGUUGUGUAUCAAUCAUCGACGGACGUAGGAAAUCCAGUUGAGGUUGUGGAGCUAUGA